AAUUAGGGUUCCAUCCACUCACCUUUCUUCUUCUUCUCUUUACCUUUCUUCCCCAAUUUCCUUCAUCCUCUCUUCUUCUUCACCACCCCAACCCGACAAACCCCAAUAGCCACCACCAACAAGAAAUUCCCUUCAUCUGCUUUCGUUUCCUGCACUGGACAAGGGCUUUCCCUCUCAGUCUUGGCUCUACCUUCCUUGCCUCUGCUCGCGAGCUCCUUCUAGCCAUGACCUUGGCCGCGAACGCUCGACGAGGUAUACAGAGCUGAUGUCGCAGGAAAUGAGGAGGCGAGAGAAUCGUAGUUCGGAGGGGACGAUGCAGCGGCUGGGGGACUCCGACCGGAUCUGGUGGAUGGCGGGAGGUGAUGUUGUUUUUCUUCUGCUCCUUUUCAUUCCCUGCAACUGCAAAAGAUAAUGGUGUAGUAGAAACCAAUCACAUAAUAUUCACAUUGAAUUUGGUGGUGAUUGUCCAAACCCUGUAGACACCAAACUCACCACUCACUUUUCUCAAGGAUCUCAGAAUUUCAGGCUUCAAGUUGGUUCUGUCUGUGGUGGGGAUUAAAGAAGAAGCAGUUUUCGCAUCUGGGUUCUGUUGAUUUGAUGCUCAUUGAAUUCGGUCUUUGAAAAAGUUACUGUUUUGGUAACAGUUGGUAUGGGAAUCUGAUUCUUACAUAGAGUGGCUUUUUUGGAUAAGGUGAUACAGACUGGACCUUCUCUGUGAUAAUGAUGAGUCCUGAGGCUAAUUAUGGUGCCUUUGGCUUUAAGCAUUGGCUACUGGUUUUGUAAGAGAGGCAAAGUUACUCAACUGAUAAUAGAGUAUGGAACAUUGUUGUAGCUUAGUUUUCUGGAUCCUUGGUUUGCUUCUUCUGGUGUUGAUGGAGAUAUCUUCUGCUGCUCUUUCUCCUUCUGGCAUAAACUUUGAAGUUGUAGCUCUGAUAAAGAUAAAGGAUGAGUUGAAUGAUCCUCACAAUGUCCUGGAGAAUUGGGAUAUUAAUUCAGUGGAUCCAUGCAGCUGGGGCAUGAUUACUUGUUCUCCAGAUGGCUUUGUUUCUGCAUUGGGAUUGCCUAGUCAGAAUUUGUCUGGGACACUGUCUCCUUGGAUUGGAAACCUUACUAACUUACAAUAUGUUUAUCUUCAGAACAAUUCCAUUUCUGGUCAGAUUCCAGCAGCAAUUGGAAGCCUAGAAAAGCUUCUGACACUUGAUCUCUCCAAUAAUGCAUUUAGUGGUGACAUACCUAAUUCUUUGGGAGACCUCAAGAACCUGAAUUAUUUGCGGUUAAAUAAUAACAGCCUUACAGGAGCCUGCCCUCAGUCUCUUAGCAACAUUGGAGGUCUAACCCUUGUGGACCUCUCCUACAACAAUCUGAAUGGUUCUUUGCCACGAAUAUCGGCAAGAACGUUAAAGAUUGUGGGUAACCCAUUAAUUUGUGGUCCAAAAGCAAACAAUUGUUCUACUGUUUUACCAGAGCCACUUUCCUUCCCACCAGAUGCACUCAGAGCCCAAUCAGACUCUGGUAAAAAAAGCUAUCAUGUGGCACUUGCUUUUGGUGCAAGUUUUGGUGCUGCUUUUGUCAUUGUGAUUAUAGUUGGGUUUCUUGCUUGGUGGCGAUAUAGACACAACAAACAGAUAUUCUUUGAUGUUAAUGAGCAUUACGACCCAGAGGUGCGCCUUGUUGGUCACUUAAAAAGGUUUUCAUUCAAAGAACUACGAGCUGCGACAGACCAUUUCAACUCAAGGAACAUUCUGGGAAGAGGUGGCUUUGGAAUAGUUUACAAGGCGAGCUUGAAUGAUGGGUCUGUUGUGGCUGUUAAAAGGUUGAAGGACUAUAGUGCAGCAGCUGGUGAGAUCCAAUUUCAAACAGAAGUCGAGACGAUAAGUUUGGCUGUCCACCGGAAUCUUCUGAGGCUUAAAGGGUUUUGUAGCACUCAGAAUGAAAGGCUCCUCGUUUAUCCCUAUAUGUCUAAUGGCAGUGUUGCCUCUAGAUUAAAAGAUCAUAUUCAUGGUAGGCCAGCUUUAGAUUGGACAAGGCGGAAGAGAAUAGCUUUAGGUACAGCACGAGGGUUGGUUUAUUUGCACGAGCAAUGUGACCCUAAAAUUAUCCACCGUGAUGUCAAAGCAGCCAACAUAUUGCUAGAUGAAGACUUUGAAGCAGUUGUUGGUGAUUUUGGUUUAGCUAAGCUUUUGGAUCACAGAGAUUCCCAUGUGACCACUGCGGUGCGUGGCACCGUUGGUCAUAUUGCUCCGGAGUACCUGUCUACCGGCCAAUCAUCGGAAAAGACUGACGUGUUUGGAUUUGGAAUCUUGCUGCUUGAGCUGAUCACAGGUCAUAAGGCUCUAGAUUUUGGGCGAGAAACAAACCAGAAAGGUGUCAUGCUAGAUUGGGUUAAGAAGCUCCACCAAGAGGGAAGAUUAAGUCAAAUGGCAGAUAAAGUGCUGAAGGGAAAUUUUGACCUUGUUGAAUUGGAAGAAAUGGUUCAGGUUGCACUCUUGUGUACACAGUUUAAUCCUACAACCCGCCCCAAAAUGUCUGAAGUAUUAAAGAUGUUGGAAGGGGAUGGCUUAGCUGAGAGAUGGGAGGCCUCACAGUCACAGAGGAUUGAAACACCAAGGUUCCGGUCUUGUGAAAAUCCGCCUCAAAGAUACGCAGAUUUAAUAGAAGAAUCAUCACUCAUAGUAGAAGCCAUGGAGCUUUCUGGCCCUAGGUGACAAGCAUCUUGGUUGUCAACUAUAGCUCCCUUUUUAAAAGGUUUAGUUUAAGUGGUUAAAAAUGUCAUUGUCAUUAGUAUCAACAGGUGUGUAAAAAGAAAAGGAAAAGUCAUGUAUAAGUAUCUUCUAUGUGGGAAUGUUGAUUUAGUUGCUUCAGAAUUUUUCUGAAUCGAAGGUAAAAAUUGCAUGUAGUUGCACUCUACCUGUUCUUAUUUGUCUUGGUGAGAGGUGACUAAGCAAUCACAUGUAGCCUAACCGAGUUUUACCAUCUUCAGUGUAUUUCACUCUAGUUUGGAUCA